AUGAACAGUCUGCAGAACAGGGCCAAUGCCGUGAUGGCAUUCUCCAUCUCGGCCAUCUUCUGUCUCCUCGGGGCCAUCGCUUUCAGCGCACUCAUCAUCCCUUCCAACCCUUCUGGCGCCGUCGCUCUGGAUUCCAUCAAAGUUGUGACAGGAAGAUACGACAGAAACUGGGUUGAUUACAAAACGCGAAACAAUGAGUUCGCCAAUACAGUCAUGAGAAUCGACGCCGAUUUGUCGUCGUUGUUCCAUUGGAACACCAAACAACUCUUUGUCUAUGCCGUUGCAGAGUACUCGACCCCCACACACCCCAAGAAUCAAAUUGUGCUCUGGGACACGAUCAUUAAGCGCAAGUCGGCUGCUGUCAUAAGCAAGAGAGGCCUCAACAACAAGUACAGCCUGAUCGACGUGAACAAGAAGUGGACCGAUAUCAACGCCAAUGUGUCCCUUCACUGGAACAUUGUGCCCUAUGUAGGAUUCAUGACGUAUGGCCACUCCAAGGCCAGUGAGGGGUACGCCUUCCCAUUACCUAGCGGUAUUCAGACGUAG